AUCAUAGCUGUUUGAAGAAGGACAGGUUAGAUAUGCGCAUGUUUUGGAUCCUGAUGAUCCUCGUUGCAUCGAGAGCGGUGAUCGCUCCCCCGGCUAAUAGCGGCGGAUACAUUGGAGAAACGUCAUUCGAGUUUAAAACCAAACGCACCUUUUCAUUCAACGCAGGAAUUGAGGAACUUCUGAUGAAUGCACAAAACCGAGAUCUCAAUGUGACAAUGACCCAGAAGUGUAGUGAUCCUGUCACUUUCAAGUUUGGCAAAUGCGACAUUGCCUACUACCGCCAGGAAAACAAACAAAAUGAGUUGACACUUGUUUUUGAUCAAAACGGGACCCUUUUCUUGCUCAAUGCUACCAGAAUCGCUUGUGACAAUGGAUGGAACCCAGAUGGAGCCAUACACUUCAAAGUCUACACCGAGAACAUCUCGACGUGCAAGUUUACCUUCAAGACGAGCGGAGCUCCUGAAAAACCAGAAGACUAUCUCUUCAUCGAUACCCCAAUCCGCCAAUUCUACUACUUCCAAAAGCACAUCAAACAGCCUCCUCACAAUUUUGAAAAGGACAACACCGUGUUAUAUCAAUUGGGCUCAUUUUUUCUGCUUGUGGCUAUCUUGGCUAUCGCCAUGCUUAUAAUUAAAUGCGUUAAUUCGCACGGAUUGGGUGACGACAAAACUGACGAUGCACUGGAAAUGAAGAAAGGAACCGUGGAGCUGCAGAACGAGGAGCAGUCAAACACUCCGUAUUCUACAGAUUCCGACAGAACCGAGUUCUCAUUGCCAGCACAAAACAUUGUGCCCAUGACCGGUUCUCAGCAAUAGCUCACCAGUAAAAUUAUCCGGUAAAGUCACAACAUGUUCUCUUACAAAUAAAUGACUUAAAAUAGC